AUGGCGAAGAAGAAGGUGAGACAGACAUUGGGUGAAGAGGCUUCGCUGGACAGUGGGAGUGCAAGUCAACCGUCUGUGCCAUCGGCCACGGCGCAAGCGUCUCAGGCAUCGUCAAGUUCAGGUCCUAAACCGAGAUCUAGAAUUCCCCAUGCGGCUCCAACGACGGCCAUUUCACCCUCGCUCGUCAUCUGUCGCAACAAGCACUGGCGCCACAUCUCUGCGUAUCACGGACCGUGGCUGCAAAUGCCCUUUGAGCUGCUCGAGACCCUUGCCAACAUCAAUUACAACACUCCCGCGCCGAGGCCCAUCGAUGCUGCCUCCUUCUUCGAUCUCGUCAAGGUGCGACGGCUUGUCGACGAAGCUACCAAUCUUGCUGUGAGGGCUGCUAGCGACAUCGCCUCACCAACUCUGACCAACGUCAAUGGUGGCUUUCCAAGCAUAUCGUCGGCCAUGGGCUCGCACGGGCUGGGUGCGCCGCCAGUCCAUGGCGGAAAACUGAGCAGAGAGCGCAAAUUCCGAAUGAGAGAGCAGGCCAGCCAGAAGCUGGGACGGGCGUAUCGCUUGGACGAAAUCGCAUGCAGCGUUGCGACGAUGCAGGGCGCCUCGCCGCUGGAGGAUGUGGGCAGCCUUGUGCUGCAGCGCAGCCCCAAGGAUUCCGACGCCAAGUAUGUGCACUUUUUCCAUGAAAAGAUACCGUCAAGGAAAAUGGCCGAAUCGACGAGCUUGCAGCCUCUGACGGAUAUCAUUGAGGACCGGCCCACUGAACCAGAGGUGCUGCGAACUCGCGCAACUGUCAAGAUAUUCAAGGAGGAUUUUGACGGCGCCAUUUUCGAUCUGACACACGCUCUGUCUAUAUCGCAAUUCGUUCGCAGGUCUCAUGGUCCCAACCAGGAGGAGAUGCAAGUUGGGGAGACGCAACGCACAGCCAGGAGACGGCCCCAUGAUAUCAUCUUGUCAGAGAAGGAUCAACCUAGCAGCUUUGAAGCGCAGCUAUACUUUCAGAGAGCAUCAGUGGAAGCAGACGAUGGCGAUGCGGGAGCAGAGGCCAGCGGCAAAAACUCUCCCGAGCCAAACAAGGAGGGCGCGCGAAAGCAGGCCGAGUCGCGGAAAUUGGUCAAGACAUUUGCUAAGCGCGCCAUCAAGGACUUCCUUUCAUUCAUCUCACACUUUGAUUAUUCACCCAAUCUCCCCGCCAAAGCAGCCAAGGAGUUUAACGACCGUGUUAACCUAGUCGCGCACGGCAUGCGCAGCUCAAGGGCCAUUGACUCGAGCAGUUGGACAGAGUCACACACAGUCUACCCCUUAUCCGACCUCUUUCGCUCUGUUCCCCCUACCGAUCUCCCACCGUAUCCGUCUCAGGCCGUGUGUGUGACAUAUCACCCGUUACUCGCCGACGCAUUACACUCUCUUCUCCUUGCCCAUUGCCUCGCCCAGACCUCCACCAAAGAGAUCCAACGGCAUGCUUACAUGGUUGCCCGUCUCAUCAGGCUUGCCGACGGGUAUCCCAUCUUUCAAGCGAACCGGUCUCCUGCGCGAGCCGACUGGGCAGAAGUCAUCCAUCGUACUGAAAACUGGCUUUCCCUCAGUUCCUCGUGGGACACUCUGUGUUCCCCUGCUCCACUGCCCAUAUACGACGAUGAGCCAUGUUGUGGCCAUCAUACAUGUAUUCACUCUCACAACCAGGCCCAGACAGCUGUGAUUUCGGCCGGCAGGGCCGCUUCUGCUGCAGCAGCACUUAUCAACGGCAUGUCCUCUGACGCUGCCGGCGAAGAAGAAAAGCGGCGAAGAGAGCUCAUCCGCGAGCAAGCGAUAUUGGAUGCCCUUGAUGAUGAGCGCGUUACUGACGAAGCAUCAUUCCGCGCAGCCAUCGAAGCCCACGAGAAGCGUGCUCAGCGGAAUGACGCUGUCAUUUCAGGCAAGCCUUCCAAUGGCACCGCUACCACACCUAAACCAAGCCCGGGAACAAGCAUAAGUCCAAACGGUCCAGACGCCUUGAAUGGCACAAAUGGCACAGACAAGCCGAUGCAUGUAUGGGUGGCCGAAGAUCUCAAGGAGGAUGCUACUGACACUGAUAUCACGUCGCGCCGCUGGUCCGCCGAUGACGGUAGAGACUACCCCCUCAUGACAGACCGCGCCAGUGCAAUUGCGCGAUGGGUGCAAGAAGCUCCCGCUGUUACGGGCACGGCAAAACGCAAGAAGCGCACCAAGAAGACAGGGGCCGCUGGCGAAGGCGCCAAUACGAGAGUCGAUGAAGCUGGAGAGGGGUUGGAGAAGCUUGAAAUUUAG